CCACUUGUGCGUGCCUUUUCCUAUCUCGCGUCCCUGCUUUUCGUCCUGCCUUCUUUUCCUGCUUCGUUUCGCUGCCGAUCGUAGCGAUAUCGAGCAACGGAGGCGUGCACACGACACUUUGCCCCCAUAAGCAGCGGCACGCGACCUCCCAGCCCGUCUCGCCUGCUCUGUACCCAAGUUAAUCAUAUCGCAUCGCUCCGCCCGUGAACAAAUCAGCCGCCCCCAAACCAGGUUUUUGGCCUUGCGCUCCAUCUGCUGCCAGCCGCCCCAUCUAUCUUCUUCCCAACUAUCUGAGAUCGAGGCCUCUCUUUCUUUAAAAGACAAAGUCCCCCCCCAACAUCUUCCUUGUACGGGCUUUUCCUUUGCAGCGCACAGCUGCCCGUACAGUUGGAAGCGAAUACGAGAGCACGUCUCCACGGUUCGAUCCGAUAUCUUAUCAGUCUUGCUCCGCCCGUCCCAUCUCCACAUUGCGUCCGGCUGUGGUCGUGAGUCCAUCAUGAGACUUUUGCGAUGGGCAACAGCGUUGGUAGCGACAACAUGCAUCCCUCUCGUCGUCGCUGCACCGACGCUGGAGUCCCGGAAACAAGGCAGCGACGAGUACACGAAGCGAAAAAAUAAUCAGAUGCGAGACGCAGGCUCGACGACUAAAUACUUCCACGAACCUGGGUAAGAACCCCCUCUUCUUCUGCUACGUCGUCAUGGACGGCCGUCUGCACAAUGCGUUCAUUGCGUUGGCGCUCGCAGAAAUCUGUAUUCUGCCCAGCCGUAACAGGGCUCCUGCUAACCGUCGACGGGCGCAGAACCGACGACAUCCUUGGGCAUUAUGAUGCACGCUAUUUCAAAGGUGUGGUCGACUACGACGUCCGGACGGACACGCUGCACCACCUCAUCCGUUCGUACCUGCUGUUCUUCCAGGAAAAAGGACUGGAGACCUGGAUAGCUCACGGCACUCUUCUAGGCUGGUGGUGGAACGGACAGAUCCUGCCUUGGGAUUGGGACAUCGACACUCAGGUUUCUGGCGAAACACUCGCCUACAUGGCAGCGAAUCUGAAUCGCACAACCUAUCAUUACACCUCUUCGAGCUCUUCUCCGGAUGGAGAAGAGAAAGUCCAGCGCGAAUACCUCCUGGACGUGAACCCCUGGUCUUGGCAGCGCGUCCACGGCGAUGGCAUGAACAUCAUCGACGCACGAUGGAUCGACAUUCGUAACGGUCUGUAUAUCGACAUCACAGGUCUGUCCGAGAUUCACCCGGACACGAACCCGGGUGUAUGGGAGUGCAAGAACCACCACAAGUACCGCACCAAGGACCUGUAUCCGAUGCGAGAGAGCAUUUACGAGGGCGUACCCGCUAAGAUCCCUUAUGCGUACGAUAAGAUCCUGCUCGAGGAAUAUCGAGAGAAGGCCCUCGUCUUAACCGAGUACGAAGGACACCAGUGGAACGAGCAGGAACGCUUGUGGGUCAAGAAACCGAAACCUGGAAAAGGAAACCUUGCAUCUCGCGAGCCGGUCAACAACCCCAAGAAACGAUCUUGGAUGGCUGGGCUGUUGAACGGCGCAUAGUCUUCGCUUACAUACACACACACACUCUCUCUCUCUCUUUCAUUGGGAUCUUUUACACGUAACGUUUUUCAUCCUGUCAUACACGUUACGCUGCAUUUUAGCGGGGGCGUAGGAGCAUAGUCUAGCAUCGGGGACGGCGUUCUUUUUUUGCGAUGCAUGGGGACAAGACUUCCCUACUCGCGGCGUCUUGGGUAACAUUGACACACGGAUCCGGCGCGUGAAAUUGCGGGGAAAAUUCAUGUUUGAUAGACUGGGCUUGCAUCUACAGCGAGCAAGCGUGGGCUGUAUUUAAAUGGGCGGCAUCCCCUGUGAAGGGACAGGCGCGAAUAGAGGAGAUGACGACGUCGCGUAAUACUUGUACAUAGAUUAAGGGUUGCGAGGUCUCGCGCGGGCAACACGAUGUCUGAAUCAUGCAGUAAGAAGCAAACAUACUCUCUUCGCG